AUGUACUGUAUAAAGGUAUUACAAAUCAAGUUUAAAAAAGUUUACUUUCUUAUUAGUUCCGUUACAAUAUUCUUGGGACAAGGUGUGGUAGAUAUUGGAAACCAGUGUAGGAAAUCAACUGCGCUAACCUGACUACACCUAACCAAGAACUGAAAGACAUUCACUCAACUCUUGUCAGAUCAGAGUAGGUAGAUAGUCUGUCAAUGUACUGACUAUUUCUACAAGAAGCCUGUUAUAAUUGUUCAUUGAAUGUUCCUUAGUUUGUUUCAUCAGCCACAGAACAGGGGGUGUGGAGCUCCAUCAAGCGUUAUAGCCUAGACAGAAACUUCUAGUGUACCCGAGUAACUGCCUCCCAAAGUCCUAUAAGUCCUCCAUAGGUCAACCACAUAUGGUGCACCAAAAACCCACCAAGUCGUGCGAACACAACAAAACAAAGCUACGAUUGUCAGAGGGGGCUACUACAGAGCGACUUCCAAGCAACGAGCAUACCUGUUUACCUGGGUAACUUUAUCGUAUCGUUAUCUCAAAACACAAGGAACGAAACAUCGAGGGACGCAAGAUUAUUGGACCUCAUGAGGCGACACAAUACACGGGACCAUUCGAAACGACGACCAUUUCCCAGCCAGUUAGUAUUGAUUUUGCUAGCAUGGAAUUAGCUACGAAGAAGUUCCCACUCCUUGAACUUCCGCGGGAACUCAGAGAUGCUAUUUACAAAGUAGCUCUGGAAUUCGACUUCACGGUUGAUGCUUCCAUCGCAAAAGGUACUCGAUAUGGCUUUCCCAACCUCCGAAUACUCCGCCUUAACCGACAGGUAUACGAAGAGGCCAGAUACGUGUUUUUGAGAGGAAGUCUGUUUAUUAGGGUUGCUACCACCAUGCCCUUAGCAGAGGUGAAUCAGUUGGACGUGUUUGGGGUGAAUUUGAGGACAAUCAGGAAGUGUGUUGAGGGGGAGAAGUGUAAGCACUUCAUGGGAUCUGUUAUGGAUUAUAGCAUCAUAAACACAGAUCUUUCUCUGGUAUCUGUGGGGGCAAAUGGCGCGCCAGAACGAACCGUUCGCUUCAUUAUUCCCUUGCAGGUCUUGCAAUUUCUUUGCAGUCAUAUUGCCCGAGUUGCCUUUCAGACGCCAGACUAUCACAAGAAGUACCAACAUGUCGUGUCUCUUAAAGACCCGUAUAUCCACCUUACCAACCAUGUUACUCGCUCAUUCUACAAUGUCAAGGUUCAAGAAAAGAUUCUCAGUGUAUUCCGAUUGAACUUCAAAGAGCUCUUCCCAUACUUCUAUGUCAGCGGAGACGUGUCUGCACCGCUUGAGGAUGCCGCCAUCUCCGACAUCGCCGUUGUCAAACAUCGAGAUCCUUGGAGAACACUAGCAGAUCUAGAAGGGAUCGUACAGCACAGCAAACAGCGUUACCGGGAAAAGGAUUAUGAGGGAGCCAGUGUCUUUUGCACAAGCCUGGAACAAAACAUAAAAAGAAUACACCGAACCUUCAUUGGAGAUAGGCUAGCGGAGAUGGGAGGACAAGACUUUCGGUAUAGACUUUUGGCAAUGCGACUUGGAAAUCAUCUGCGAGAUUUGAAGUACGCGAUAAAGCUAGCUGAAAGCGGGAUUCAAGACUCUCGUACUUCGCUUAGCAGUAAAACAAGAUACAUGCCUCAGACAACGGCUCACAAUAUGUGGCGCUACUAUGGAGAGACAAGAGCUCAUACCAGUGGUUCCAACUGGUGGCCAACGAUUCAACAAGCGAUAAAGAUGUAUUUACGCUCAGCAAUCGCCUAUAGGCUCACCGGGAAAAUGAUGCUUGAUGCCACGGAUCGCGAACAACUGGAGAAGAUUUGCAUGGAAAGAGCCGAGAAGUACAUAGCCGUAGCCAUGGGUAGGUGGCCGAAUGAUUUGGCAGUCGAAGCCGAAUACCUUCUGAUUUCCGCGUGGAAGCAGCGUAUUCACGAGAGAGAAAGAAACCAACAGCCGAUGACAGAGAUCCAAUCAUCUUAA